AUGAAGGAACUCAUAGAGAGCGUACUCCAGCUGGUCGACCCAGAUGAAGAAACGGAAGCCUACUUGCGAGGAAGGAUAAACGACGAAAAGCACAUAAUUCAGAAAAAGGGGAUAGAUUAUUUGUACGACUUGGUCUCUACCUUUUCGGAUAAAAAAAUAAAGAAGAGCACCGUUGUAGAUAUUUUUAACAAAUAUAUGAAAAGAGAAAAUGGAGUAGGAACUGAUAAGAACAAAAAUGCGGAUGGUCAGAAACUCGCCGAAAUAGUGAACUUAAAGGAAUACUGGAAAAAAAAUGAUGUGGUAGGAUAUUAUGAUCCGUUCUUAGGCAUACAGGAAAAACAAAUUAAUUACAAUACGAGCAUCCCUAUCAGUGAAAGCAUAAGAAUAAGUAAAGAAAAAGAAAAAGAAAGACAGAAACAACUAAACUUGUUUAAAGAAUGGGUAAAAAAUAAAAUUAAAAUUCCAUCCCCUGUACGGGUGCACAAUUUGUUACACUGUUCUGAUUUAAGUAAAAACAAAACGAAAAUUGAAAAAAUGUAUGACAUCCGAAUUGAUAAUUUUACCCUAAGCAUUGGACAAAGGAGUUUACUAACAGAUACGACUCUAAAAAUAAAUGUCAUGAAUAAAUAUGGACUGAUAGGAAAAAAUGGAAUAGGGAAAAGUACCCUCUUGGCGAAGCUAGCAAGAUACGAAAUUGAAGAAAUUAAAAAAGAUAUAUCCAUAGCGUGUAUUGAACAGGAUUUAUUUCUUGAAGAUGUGACCGUGCUGGAGUGUGUUCUUAUGGUUGACAAACUAAGACAUGAUCUGUUGAAAGAAUUGGAACAACUGGAAUUAAAAAAGAGCAAGUCGGCCCUCGGUGGGGGGUGUCCAAACGGAGAAACUAAGCAGGGGGACGGAAAGCAGAAAUGCAAAGAGGAUGAAGUGGACGGCGAGGACGAAAAAGACAUCGACAUGAAGAUUCUAAACAUUUAUGAAAAACUGAACAGCAUUAACUACUUAGAAGCGGAAAAGGAAGCCAGCAAAAUUUUAUGUGGGUUAGGUUUUGACUCAAAUUUGCAAAAGAAAAAAGUCAACUCCCUCAGCGGAGGCAUGAGAAUGAGACUCUGUCUAAGCCGCAUUCUCUUCAGCAACAAUGAUAUAAUAUUGCUAGAUGAGCCGACGAACCAUCUGGAUAUAUACACCAUACAAUUUUUAAUAGAUUAUAUAAAAAAAUUAAAUAAGACGUGCAUUAUUGUAUCCCAUGAUAGAGAUUUUCUAAAUGAAGUUUGCACGGAUAUUAUUCAUUUUCAUCAGAAGCAGUUAACUUAUUAUUCUGGAAAUUAUGACCAGUUUGAAAAAACUAGAGUAGAACAUCUACUGCAACAACAGAGAGAACAUGAUUCCAUCGAAAUGAAGAAAAAACACGUGCAGAAAUUUAUAGACAGAUUUAGGUGCAACUCAAAAAGAGCAGCUCUCGUCCAAAGCAGAAUAAAACUUUUAAAUAAAUUACCUGUAGUAAAUUUAGAAAAAGAAGAAACUCCAUUCAGCUUUUCCUUUUUGGAACCUUUUUACACAUCCAACGUGCUCAUACGGCUUAAGAAUAUUUCCUUUAAAAAUGAAAUGUUUAAAAAUUUACAAAUAAAAAAGAACGCAAAUAUUAUUAUAGCAGAUACUGUGGAAGACACGAACGGGAAAAUUAACGGGAAGUCACACAACGGCACCAACGGGGAAGAUGGAAAUACAGCACGUCAUGAUGAUUAUCAGUUUAGACAUGAAUUUUUAUUUAAAAAUGCUACCUUCGAAGUAGACAUGGACUCCAGAAUUGCCAUAUGUGGGGUUAAUGGAAGUGGAAAAACGACAUUAAUUAAAAUUAUUUUAAACCUAAUAGACACUUUCGAGGGGGAGUUACAUGUGAGCAAUAAGGCCAAUAUCGGUUACUACUCCCAGUAUCAUGUAGACAGCUUAAAUCCCAUCUUUAACUCCAUUCAGCAGCUGCAGUACAAUUAUUCCCACAAAAAUAUAAAAGAAGAAGAAGCUAUAAAAUACUUCAACAAAUUUAACAUUCCAACGAACGUUUUAUACGAACCAAUUUAUGUCCUUUCUGGGGGUCAGAAAAGCAAAUUGGCACUAGCCAUUUUGGCUUAUAAAAAUCCAAAUAUAUUAAUUCUUGAUGAACCGUCCAAUCACCUGGACAUUGAAUCCGUCCAAGCUUUAAUUGUGGCCUUAAAUCUUUACAAGGGAGGACUCAUUAUUAUUAGUCACGACACAUAUUUGAUAAAACAUGUAGCAGAUGAAAUAUAUCACAUAAACAACCUCACCAAGGAGUUGAUUAAAAUUGACUAUGACUUCGAUAAAUAUGCCAAGUUGCUCCUGGAAAAUAAGAUAUAG